CGGCUGCGUCCCGAGGAGCUGAGGGCCUCUGACGGCCCUCGAAUGCGAGGAAGUGUGGGAGAAAAGGCCGAGGGGCAGAUGGGAGGUGAACCGGAUUUUGCAGUGAAAUGCAGUUUGGUGUCCACAUUCAAAGCAAAUAAACAAAACUGCCCUUUUUUUAUGCUAUAUUUUUUAAUCAUUGACUUUUUUUAUUCUUACAGCUGCACUGUAUUUUCUGCAGACUAUUAAACAGUAACUUAUCUAGGGUAUACUUAUUUUCAGCCUUUUCUUCCGUUAAUUAGAAUGAACUUAUUUUUGAGGGCUUCCUUGGCAGUUUUGAAAACCGAUUUAAUUUUCCAAGAUUCAUUCACCUGUUCAGCUCUAUUAUUUUCUAUUCCUGCAACUAGGAAGCUAUUUAAAACAUGAGGACACUCAUAACCCUUCACUUAAUUAAGUUUUGGAUAAUGUACUAGCCUGAGAAAAAUAACUACACGUUAAAUCUACACUUAUUCUGUCUAAUGCAAUUGUUGAAAGUUUACAAAUCAAGUAGUUCUAAUUGAUGGCAGAAUUACUGGGAUGGAAAACACUGAAUUACAAAUCAAUAUUCUUUUAAACUGGCUUGUGAAAGGUGUUUGUUUAUAAAAACAGAAGCAACAUGGCACUGAAAUGGGUCUGUAAACAAUAUUCUGGUCCAGUUUUAGUCCGGGUUCAGGAGAAACCAAUGUUCUUGUGGAAAUUACAGAAGUGCAGCAGAGCAGCUGUUUGAACUCACCAUAUCAAGAAAGAUGCUAUUAAUAAUUCUUUCACUUCUUCAAGCUUUUGUAAAGUCGUCAGUGCAAACUAUUUUGUCUCUGCCUUGAAAUUCCUGUGAUACUGUAUUCUGUGUCUCAUUUGGUUACCCUUGCUGCUUGCCAUGUGUUAUAUAAACAGGCUAAGAAAAAUUUCAUUCCUUUCUAUUUCGUCUCUGGGUUGUGAAAGAAAUUUUUUAAAAAGUAUGGAACAUUAAAUUCUGAAGUGAUCCAGCAGUAUUGCAUUUGUUGCUAAUGUGUAAGCCACACAGCAGACUGCCAUUAUUAUAAAGAGUUUUAAAGAGACUGAUUAAGUCUGGUAAGUGCCCAUGCCACAAUCGGUCUUUAGGGUUCCUGUGUGCCAGAAUAGCAAAUGGGAAUGUUAAUAGUUUGUGCUCUUUCAGUAUCUGAUGACUUUGUAGCAUGUUACGUUGCUAAUUCAAAGUGCUUUCUGAUCAGAUGAAGUAGUUAGGUUACCUUAGGAUUUAAUCUUUUUCUUAUUUUUUGCUUCCUUAGCAGCUUAUAUUAUUGCUCAUAUUCAACCCCUUCUUCUGUGCAUAGGAAACUGCGUGUAUUAAAUUCUUCUGUUUUCCAUCAGUCAGGUUGGUUUCCUGAAUAAAUGUAACUUCAUGCGUGAGCUGUGGAUUUGUUUUGAAUCAUUAACAGGUCGUCAGUAUUUGGAUGCAGUUCUGCACAUACUCUUGUAUCUGUGUGGUUCUGUUUACUUCUGUGCAAGUAAAAUUUUCCAGAACUGGACUUCAAGCCUUUCAAUUCCAAAUGAAUUAACCUAUAGUUUCUGUUCAUGAAAGUGGAACGAGUUGGUGAACUUUAACGGAGCAUGAUCAAUAAAAUAGCAUUCUUUGUACUCUUGCUGGCUCUGUGUUGGCCGAUUUACUUUGGAGAGAUUUACCGAAAGGUUUUAUAGAUGUCACUGUAAACAAAUACGAUGUUUUUGUUCUGGGACAGAGGAAAAAGUUUAUUCCUUCUGAGGAGUUUGUGAAUUCCAGCAAAAGUCCUUUUCAUAGCAAUUUGGUACUACUGUAUUUUUAAAUUUGUAAGUAGCAUGGCAGGAAGAUUAUAUGGUUAAGGUGUUGCUGUAGAGCUCAGGAGCCUGCGUACCCCUAAAUCUUCAGCCAUAGAUGAAGACUAUAGUGCUAAAACUGAAAGGCACCUGCAAAGGCUCAUUUCACCAGAAAAGGCUCAUUUGCUUACAGAAUGAUAUAACUGGUGUUGAUGUGCACUGCCCAGUGCAAAUAUGUGGGAAACUAACACUUGAAGAUAGUUGAAUGUCAUACAGACUAAAAAUCUUAUUUCUUGUGCUUUAGGGAACAAGUGCAGAACAGGACAAUCGCUUCAGCAACAAGCAGAAGAAGCUGUUGAAGCAGUUGAAAUUUGCAGAAUGCUUAGAAAAGAAGGUGGACAUGAGCAAAGUAAAUCUGGAAGUAAUCAAACCAUGGAUAACAAAACGAGUAACAGAAAUCCUUGGAUUUGAAGAUGAUGUAGUAAUUGAAUUUAUAUUCAACCAGUUGGAAGUGAAGAAUCCAGAUUCCAAAAUGAUGCAAAUCAACCUGACUGGUUUUUUGAAUGGGAAAAAUGCUAGGGAGUUCAUGGGAGAACUGUGGCCACUGCUGUUAAGCGCACAAGAAAACAUUGCUGGUAUUCCAACUGCAUUUCUGGAACUGAAGAAAGAAGAAAUAAAACAGCGACAGAUAGAGCAAGAGAAACUGGCUUCUAUGAAGAAACAAGAUGAAGACAAGGAAAAGCGGGAUAAGGAAGACAAGGACAACAGAGAAAAAAGAGACAGAUCCAGGAGUCCAAGAAGACGCAAAUCAAGGUCUCCUUCCCCUCGAAGGAGGUCGUCGCCUGUCAGAAGAGAGCGGAAACGCAGCCAUUCUCGCUCCCCUCAUCACAGAACCAAGAGCCGUAGUGCUACUCCUGCACCAGAAAAGAAAGAGGCGACUCCUGAGCCAGAACCCUCUGUGAAACCAAAGGAGACUGUUGUUCAAGAGGCAACUUCAAACAGUGAUAUCCCAAAAGCUCCUAAACCUGAACCUCCUGUACCAGAGACUAAGGAAACUUCACCAGAACGUAAUUCAAAGAAGGAGAGAGAGAAGGAAAAAGAGAAGACUCGUCAAAGAUCCCCAACUCGGUCCAAGUCAAGGUCAAGAUCUCGAUCACGUUCUCCAUCUCAUUCUCGACCAAGAAGGCGUCAUAGAUCACGGUCAAGGUCUUACUCCCCUAGAAGGCGACCAAGCCCAAGACGACGGCCAUCACCAAGGAGGAGGAGCCCUCCCAGGCGAAUGCCUCCCCCACCCAGACACAGAAGAAGCAGAUCCCCUGUGAGGCGGAGAAGACGGUCAUCAGCAUCCUUAUCUGGCAGUAGCUCUUCCUCCUCCUCCUCACGUUCCCGAUCACCACCAAAGAAGCCACCUAAAAGAACCGUAUCCAGUCCUCCUCGCAAAACGCGUAGGCUCUCUCCUUCGGCAAGCCCUCCUAGGCGGAGGCACAGACCAUCCCCACCAGCAAGUCCACCUCCAAAACCACGUAGGUCUCCAACACCCCAGCAGUCGAAUCGUUCAAGAAAAAGCCGUGGCUCUGUUUCGCCUGGCAGAGCAUCAGCACCCAAACAUAAGAGUACCGAAAAAAGAGAAUCUCCUUCGCCAGCACCAAAACCAAGGAAAGCAGAACUGUCUGAAUCAGAAGAAGAUAAAGGAGGUAAAAUGGCUGCAGCAGACUCUGUUCAACAGAGGCGUCAGUACAGAAGGCAAAAUCAACAGUCUUCAUCUGAGGAGAGACCUAAAAGAUCCAAUGUGAAGAAUGGGGAAGUUGGUAGGCGUCGACGCCAUUCACAUUCACGCAGUCCAUCGCCGUCUCCACGAAAACGACAGAAGGAAUCCUCCCCUCGGAUGCAGAUGGAAAAGAGGUGGCAAUCGCCAGUGAUGAAAAGUAGGAGGAGGAGAAGUCCAUCACCCCCACCAGCCAGGCGGCGACGCUCUCCUUCGCCUGCCCCUCCUCCUCGGCGGCGGCGGUCCCCUUCGUUACCUCGUCGAAGGUCUCCAUCACCACCCCCACGCAGGCGCUCACCUUCUCCACGGAGAUACUCUCCACCGAUACAGAGACGAUACUCUCCUUCACCACCACCUAAGAGAAGAACAGCUUCUCCUCCCCCUCCACCUAAAAGAAGGGCAUCACCUUCUCCACAGUCAAAACGCAGAGUCUCCCAUUCGCCACCACCAAAACAAAGGAGCUCGCCAGCUGCUAAGAGGCGUUCACCUUCGAUAUCUUCCAAGCACAGGAAGGGAUCUCCUCCCAGUAGAUCCAAUCGGGAAACACGUUCUCCACCACAAAACAAAAGGCAUUCACCUUCACCACGGCCUAGAGCUUCUCAUACCUCUGCAAGCCCACCGCCACCACGAAGGGGAGCUUCAGCUUCACCCCAGAGAAGACAGUCUCCAUCUCCAAGCACUAGACCCAUCAGGAGGGUGUCAAGAACGCCAGAACCUAAGAAGACAAAGGCUUCCACGCCAAGUCCACGAUCUGCGAGACGGGUGUCGUCAUCACGGUCUGCAUCAGGGUCGCCUGAGCCAGCACCGAAAAAACAUCAAGGACCUCCAUCUCCUACUCGGUCUCGUUCCCCUUCUGCAAACUGGUCACCUGCAAAAAAGGCUAAAAGCCCAACUCAGAGCCCAUCACCUGCAAGGAAUUCGGAUCAAGAAGGGGGUGGAAAGAAGAAGAAGAAAAAGAAGGAUAAGAAGCAUAAAAAGGAUAAAAAGCACAAGAAACACAAAAACAAGGAGAGGGCUGCGGCUGCUGUAGCAGCUGCUGCUGUGGCUGCAGCAGAUACCACCUCCGCACAGGAAGAUCAGGAAGCAGAGACAGAACCCAAAAAGGAGACAGAAAGUGAACCAGAAGACAACCUUGAUGAUCUAGAAAAACACCUGCGAGAGAAGGCACUGAGGUCAAUGAGGAAGGCGCAAGUGUCACCCCCAUCCUAGGCUGAAUCCUUUGAUAAAAUGUACAUUUUAUUUGGUUUGUACUCAGAAUUCAAUUUCAAAUUGCUAAAUGUGUUUGAGCUUUAGAAUAUAACAUUUGUUGUAAUAAUUGCUAGGUUGAGGUUCACCAUGUACAAAGGGCAUGGAUUUACAUUACAAAAGGUGUCCACAGUGUACUAGUGACAUUCUUUCAUUGACAGUCAACAUAAUUGCAUUUAGAGCGAGACUUUUUAGAAGCUGUAGGAAUUUGUUUUGAAGGUUUUAAACAUGACCGCCCAUUCCCUAGUUUCUUUGAAAUUCAACAAAGCCUUUAGCAUAAUUUGUGAGGCUCUCGUUUGACUUCUUUUGUAGCCACUUACGUUAUGCUACUAACCUUUGUGGUUUGUAAGCUUGCCCAGAAGUAAAACCACUGCAGAAUUACCGAGGAAUUACAUCUCUUUUAAUGCUUUCUACUGUUGCCUGCAUAGUCUCCAUUAAAGCGAAUCAAGAAUAGCGAUUUCGAGUGGUACCUAAAUGAAAGCAUGUUGUUUACCAGGACACUGUGGGUUUAUAUUGAUGUAACAUGUUGAUUUGGAACACUGGAAUUUCAUUUGUAUUUUUAUGUUCUUUUUUUAAAGGGCAGUUUCCAUGAUCAGCAGUCCCAGAAAAAUUCCUUCAGUUACAUAAAUUUUUUUGUUUGUGAGAUGUCGUUGCCCCAUCCAUAAAUCUUGUCUCGUUAUGGUUCUUCUGAAUGGUAUAAGCGACUUUCAGAGAUGUGGUCUUUGAAAGUUUGAGGAACCUGAACUUUGGAUAUUGUCAUGUUUUCACUGUUUUUUGUUUUUGUUUUUUUAACUAAAGCUAUAUAAAGCUUGUGGAUUAAACAAAAUAAAUUUCUAAAUUUAAACAGAUGUUGGCUAUUUUUAUAUGAACAUUUACAUUUGCUAAUCAGCUUUCUUUUGUACAGGGUUAAUGAAUACAGAUACGAAAAAGUAUUUGAUCCAGUAUGCUGGCUUCUGAAAAAUUGGGGCUUUUCUUUUUAACUGUCCUGGGGUAGCAGAAAUAGCCCUUUGUUAACUCAGUGAUGCUCCUGUCGUGUCUGCAUUGGUGUUCUUGCAAAGCAAGAGUAAAGCCAUCUGGUCAGCACUCUGUUAGGAUGGAUACGCUUAAAACAAACAAAAUACUUGCUGGUGAAAAUUGCUUGUUGUAGCAAGUAAAUAAAAUGUUUCAAGGUCCUGCAAAAACAAAUGAACAGCAGGUUUGCGUUAACGUAGUUACAAGCUUUAGUCAUGUAAACACUGGUCUGAACGCUCAUCUAGGGAAUCCCGGUGGCUCGCUGCCUUUCUCGUAAUCAUAUUUGAAACUUGCUGGAUUGCUACUGUCGAAUUUCUUCAAGAAUUCCAGUUCUCUUUCUGAAACCAAGUCAAUUCUGAAGUCUGAGGUUCCUCUGGAAGGAGGAAUGGAACGUGCUUUUGAAAUUUUUCUGUCCUGCAUCUGCAGUAGCUGUGAUGUGCACAAUU